AUGGGGUUCCUAGGUGGCCUUAUUGGUGGGGUUCUCGGCGGAUUUGGCCUGUUCAAAGGUGGCUCAGGCGUGAGCAGUGCAGCCAAGUCUCUGGCGGCCGACACAGGGAGGACGUUGGCCGCCAUCCGAGAGGACGUGAAGGAGAUCAAGCAACAUCUGCUGAGGGAAGUGUGGCCGCGCGUGAACGAGACGUUGGCCGACGUCCAGGCGCUCGUCAGGGAUACGCAGACGCUUGUAAUCACUGGGACCUUCACGGUGAAGAUCCUGGCUCUACUACUCGUCGUGUGCAUCCUCUACGUCCUCAAGAAGCAAAUCACCGCCGUGCAGUGGCAGAGGAACACCUACUGGCAGUCUCCCGCGGCAUACAAACCUAUGGGAUGGAGCAGUCGAGGCAGUCCUGGGGCUGCCGUGUUGGCCAUGGAGAGUGUCUUUCUCCAGUUUCUCUUCUGGAUCUGCCUGCUUAUGGCAGUGGUGUUGGGCCUUCACCUCGUCCAGGAAAUGUUCCUCAUUGCCAAUGUUGGCCAACUCUGGCCUGCCAACAUCCCCUUUAUCAUCAUCAUACCAUCAGUCGCAACUGUCGCAGUCGUUCUCCAACACAUCGCUGACAUCAUCCACGGCAUAGCCAGUGCUAUCCUACUGUUGUUUUACACUCUGUUCGGAUUACCUCUAUCGCUGUCGGUUGGCCCAGUAGUUACUGGCUCACAGUAUGCAAAAACAUCUCACCUUCUUCUGUCAGUUACUCUACUCACGAUCCCAUUUCUCUACUUGGUGAUGGCAGUGUUCCCAGUGAUGUAUCUGUGGGAGGUGUUUCAGCUCAAGCUGCCACUGCUGUGGUUUGAGUUUGCACUGCUGGUAUACCUGGUGUUCUUUGCCACAGCGAUAAUGGUCCACAUCCUGGGAGAGGUGGUCCUGAGGGUGCUCAUCAGACCACUCUGGGACUGCUGGGCCAGGACACUGUGA